AUGCAUAUCUGGGCCCUAAAUGUAAUCCUUGUGAUUGCAUCAUCUCUAAGGCUGGUCGAGAUGUAUGACAAUUACGGGGAAAUCUGCCGCAACCUAUGCACGUGCGAGGAGAAGGAAGGCGUCCUCAUCGUCAGCUGCGAGAACCGCGGAAUCAUCAGACUGACGGAGAUCAGCCCGGUUCAGUUCUCCGCCUACCACCUCCUGCUGACGGGAAACCUGCUGAAAAAACUCUUGGUCAACGAUUUCAUCAAUUACACCGGAGUGACCAUCCUGCACUUGGGAAACAAUGACAUUUCCGAGAUCGAAUCCGGCGCCUUCAACGGGCUCCAGGGAUUAAAGAGGUUGCACUUGAAUAACAACAAAAUAGACGCUCUGAAAGAUGACACGUUCGCGGGACUGGAGAGUUUGGAAUACCUUCAGAUCGAUUAUAAUUACAUCAGCAACAUUGAGCCCAACACUUUGAGCAAGCUGCACCAACUGACGGUGAUGAUUCUGAAUGACAACUUGCUCUCUUUCAUGCCCGCUAACAUAUUUCGCAACGUCCCCCUCACGCACUUGGACCUGCGGGGGAACCGCUUAAAAAUGUUUCCGUACAUCGGGCUCCUGGAGCACAUGGACAAGGUUGUGGAAUUACAGCUGGAGGAGAAUCCGUGGAACUGCUCAUGCGAGCUGAUUGCACUCAAGGCCUGGCUGGAGAGUAUCGCCUACACGGCUCUAGUGGGAGAAGUGGUGUGCGAGACCCCUUUCAGGCUACACGGGAGGGACCUGGACGAGGUGUCCAAGCAGGAACUCUGCCCGAGGAGGCCCCAAGAGGACACGGUAAGGCCGGCGCCUCCGAGUAGCACCAACGGAUAUUACCAGACGACGCCGGCGGCCGUCACCGCCUCCGCCACUUCGUCCGCCGUCUUUCGGUCGUCUUCUCGACCUACCAAGGGCACGCGGCAAUUCAACCGGACCCGGUUAAAGCCCACGUCCCGACUCCCGGGCGGUAGCCCUUACAACUACGGCCCCAUUAUUGCUUUUCAGACCAAAUCCCCCGUGCCUUUGGACUGCCCCACCGCCUGCACGUGCAACCUGCAGAUAUCGGAAAUCGGAUUGAAUGUCAAUUGCCAAGAGCGAAAGAUCGAAAGCAUCUCUGACCUGAAACCCAAGCCAUACAAUCCGAAAAAAAUGUACCUUACCGGCAAUUACAUCCCCGUGGUACGGAGAUCAGAUUUUGUCGACGCCAUCGGAUUGGAUUUGCUUCACCUUGGAAACAACAGGAUAACUGUGAUCCAUGACAGGGCUUUUGGGGAUUUAACAAAUCUGCGUAGGCUGUAUUUAAAUGGUAAUCUCAUGGACAGGCUCACAGGGGAAAUGUUUUUUGGGUUGCAGAACUUGCAAUAUCUUUAUUUAGAAUACAAUAAAAUCAAGGAGGUUGACGGGGGCGCCUUUCGCUACCUUACCAAUCUCCAGCUGCUGUUUCUGAAUAAUAACCUCCUGAAAACAUUACCCGUGGGCAUUUUUUCCAGCCUCUCCUUGUCUCGGCUUAAUCUGCGCAACAACCGCUUCCAAAACCUGCCUGUGAGCGGUGUUUUAGACCAGCUCAAGCUACUGGUGCAGAUCGAUCUCUUCGAGAACCCCUGGGACUGCUCCUGCGAUAUCGUGGGAAUGAAAAUAUGGCUGGAGCAGCUCGGCGCCGGCACCGUGGUCAACGAGGUCGUGUGCGAGACGCCCAAACGCCACGCCAAAACCGACCUGCGUUCCGUCUCGUCGGAGCAGCUGUGCCCCGACUACUCCGACGCCUACGUUUCGCCCGCCUCCCCCACCGAGGAGCCGCUAGACGACCGGGCCGUCCCCACGGACGCGCCCCGCAAAUUCAACUCCCCCGGCGGCACCGUCCCCCUCUCCGUCCUGAUCCUGAGCCUCUUGCUGGUCUUCAUCAUGUCCGUCUUUGUGGCGGCGGGCCUGUUCGUGGUGGUGAUGAAGAAGCGCAAGAAAUCCCAGAGCGACCGCGCCAGCACCAACAACUCUGACGUCAGCUCCUUCAAUUUGCAGUACAGCCUCUACAGCAACCGCUCCGGCCCGAAAGCCAAGGCGCCGGCCGGUCACGUCUACGAGUACAUUCCGCAUCCCAUGGGUCACAUGUGCAAAAACCCUAUUUACAGAUCCAGGGAAGGGAACGCAGUGGAGGAUUACCGCGACCUUCACGAGCUCAAGGUGACUUACAGGAGUACCCCGGACGAGGAGAGGAAUCGCAGCAUGCUGAGGAGCCCCGCGUACAGCGUCAGCACCAUCGAACCGCGCGACGACCCCUCCCCGGUCCAGGAUGCGGACCACUUCUUCAGAGGGAUCCUGGAGGCCGAUAAGCAGUCUCCUCAUCAAUCCAUCCCGGCCCUCCCGGUGGGGGCGAAUCUAGAGUACAAGUACACCGGCCCGGUGUCGUACACCUACAACCCCAAUUUUGAUGUCAGGCGCCAGUUCUUGCACCCGGACAGGAUUAGAGAAACGGUGCUCUACGGCACAUCGCCCAGUACUGUUUACGUGGAGCCCAACAGAAACGAAUACUUGGAGUUAAAAGCAAAACUGCAGUCUGAGCCCGAUUACCUCGAAGUUCUUGAGAAACAGACCACCUUCAGCCAGUUCUGA